AUGGCCAUAUUAGAUCACGAAAAUACAUCUGUUGGUGCUACUGCUAUUCCAUCUGCGACAAACAUCGGAAUAGAUCCAAGUGAUCCUCUUUAUCUGCAUCCGUCAGAUAAUCCUAAAGCAAUGCUCGUUUUAGUUCCUUUUAGUGGAAUUGGAUACAGGUCUUGGAGGCGCAGUGUAAUGCGUGGUCUAUCCGUCAAAAACAAGCUAGGUUUCAUAAGUGGAGAAUAUAUCGCGGAUAGUGUGGAAUAUGCUAGCAAUGCUGUUGAGCUGUGGAAGGAAUUGGAGGGUAGAUAUGAGCAGACUAAUGGUGCCAGACUAUACCAGAUCCAGAAGGAGAUAAAUGAUUUGUCUCAAGGUGUGUUGGACAUUACAGGCUACUAUACUAAGAAUGAGAAACAAAGAGAGAUUAAGCCAAGUGACCAAAUGCUACUUGAGUCUGCCUCCCUAAGUGUCAACACAUCAAGACCUGGCUCUUACAAGACCAAUUAUGCUGCUAAUAACAAUUCAACUAGAGGCAAUAAGCCUCGUCCAUUCUGUGACUAUUGCAAAAAGCUGGGACAUACCAAAGACAAAUGUUACAAGUUACACGGGUACCCUCAGAACUUUGGAAAUUCAUACACUCAGAAUUCAAAUAGAGGACAGAAUCUGAACCAAGCUGAAAGGUUCAACAAAGGAAGAAGAAUAGUGGCCAGUCUGUAG